UGGCCCCAUUCUCCUUUCCUCCACACAUCUGAACUGACCAGCCAGGAAGCCGGGCACAAAAGCAAACUGGUGGGUUCGUGAUGGCACCAUGGACCAGUCCCCUGCUGUGUUUGCUGUUGCUGGCUGUGUUGUGCCACUGCUCGGAGCCCACCCACUCCAAAGAGGAUCUGCAACCUUUACCACCCAAGGGGGCUUGCAUAAACUGGAUAGGGGGUGCCCCAGGCCACCCUGGCUACAAUGGGUCUCCAGGCCGGGACGGGAGAGAUGGUAUCAAUGGUGAGAAAGGGGAGAAAGGAGAUGCAGGUCUGCUGGGUCCCAAGGGUGAUACUGGUGAGAUGGGUGUUCCAGGAGUUGAAGGUCCCAGGGGGUUUCCCGGACUUCCAGGGAAGAAAGGGGAACCAGGAGAAGCAGCCGACAGGUACCGCUCAGCCUUCAGCGUUGGGCUGGCCACCCGAGCCCCAGUCCCCAACGUCCCCAUCCGCUUCACCAAGAUUUUCUACAACGGACAGAACCACUACGAUGUCACAACCGGCAAGUUCCGCUGUAAUUUCCCAGGCUUGUAUUAUUUCUCCUACCACAUCACAGUGUACAUGAAGGAUGUGAAGGUCAGCCUCUUCAGGAAGGACAAGGCAGCCAUAUUCACCUACGACCAAUUCCAGGACAAAAAUGUCGACCAGGCCUCAGGCUCCGUACUAUUGUACCUGGAGAGUGGGGAGGAAGUCUGGCUCCAAGUGUAUGGGGAUGGAGAGCAGAAUGGUCUCUAUGCAGAUAACGUUAAUGACUCCAUUUUCAGCGGCUUCCUUCUUUAUCACGAUGCCGAUCAAUCUUGACCUCAGAGAACACCAGAGAAUGCACUCAAGCAUCUCCUUUGAGAAAAUCUCAACUUUCACAACUCUGAUCUACUUUAUCCACGAGUUUGGCUUUAUUUCCUAAUUGGAGACACUGAACCUUAUUCAUUCACUUACUCACUCAUUCAUUCAUUCAAUAUAUUUUUUGGUUACCUGAAUUUGCCUCUUUGGUUACCUAAAUUUGCCCAGCCCAGUAUCAAGUGUUGUAGGACAGACAAAUAAGGGAUGAGGCUAUACUUGUAGUCAGUCGCAUGGGAAAUUCACAGUUUAGUUGAGGGGCAACAAGAUUUAAAUGCAUAAAAAAAUCACUAAGAAUGCAAGAAAGUGUCAAGCGAUUGGUAUAAAGGUGAAGACAGGUAUUCAUGGCCACUUUGAGGCCUCCUUCUAAUAGGAAAUAUUUUCUCUUCUUCACAAUGGGCGUAUCUGAACAAGUGCCAUCAUGAGUAAUGUCCUUACCUAACAACUCCCCUUCAGAGAAGAUAGUUUCAUCCCCUGGUCCUAAUUCUCCCAUUAGGUCAAAAAAUGUAAGAGAAUUGGCCUCUUUCCACAUAGUCACCUUCUUUUUUAUAUCCACACCUGCCACCUCCUCAGGAUAAUGAAUCUAGAGUGAAAAAGGCCUUAGAUGCCAUAAGUCUAAUCCUCUUCUUUUACAGAUGAGGAAACUGAGGCUUAACUUGCUGGACUAAUACUUUUUCUAAGAUUUUCACCAAAGCAGAAGCUGAUAGCGUUCUAUAAAUGUAUACAAACUGAUGCCUUGACUUUGACUCACAUUUUAAAUUCUGGGUAAUUCCUAAGCACACACCUAGAAUGAUACAACUAGAGGCUUGUCUAUUCUUUGCCUUUUCAAAAUGUUUGACUAUUCUCAUUUCUACAAUUAAACUCAUCA